AUGUGGCCUAAUCUCAAACGACUAUCUCUUGAAAGGGUAACAUUCGAGGCGGGGACAUUUGAGGAUAUGAUUGGGGGAUGCCCUUUGAUCGAAAUCCUCGAAAUUCAAUUUUUCUAUUGGGAUAUCAUGCAAACUCGUUCCGAACAAACCAAGCGAUGCAUGCAUAAGCAAAUGAAGAUUACCAAUCUUCAUAGACUUAAGCAACUUAAGGUUGGGCUAAAAUUUGAUCAACCUGAAUACCGGAAUCUCAAAAGUUUGACCUUGCGUCACGGAAACGACCACGAUUUGUCAAUUGAUGAUGGCUGGGCGCACAAAUUCCCGCAACUCGAAGAGUUGUCCAUUGAAGGUUAUAAGAACUUGCGCACGUUCAAGGUGUCAAGUCCUUCCUUGAAGAAAAUACGACUGGUGGACAUUUGCCAACUGAAGCAGGCUCACUAUGAUGUGCCUAAUGUUACUAUUAUGGAAUAUGAAAACUAUAUAUGCUACAAUUCUUAUGGUGGGCUCGUGUUUCCCAAGUUCUCAUUUAAUGUUGUCAACCCCGAAUGUAAUUUUCGCAUUAAGUUAGGACACAAGACGGACGUGGAUGAUUCAUGGUUAGUCGAAUUGAAGGAAUUCGUUACUAAUCUCGAACCAUCUAAAACUUCUAUGAGCGUUGAUUUCACUGGAGAUGUGGGGAAUCAGAAUUGGUAUACGGGUUCUUCAGCAUCACCUCGAGCAUUUCUUCAUGGUAUUUUUUGGAUGUUCAAACCUCAAACCAUAACAUUCCGGCACAAAUGGUUACUCGAUGAUGAAUAUUACAAGAUAAUGUAUCAUAUUAUGGUGUUGAGAAUUGAUCUUGCAGGUCUUUGUAAUUACCAGCUCUCCAAGUUGUGGAAUGUGAAAAAAAUAACUACCUUACCACACACUUUUAAACACGGUAUUUACAGCACAAACUUCUCAAGAAAAAGGACACGAUAUCAACUGUCUCAGCCAUUGCCCAACCGUGAGAAAUUUCUGGAGCUUUUGAAGGAAUCAUUCGAUCAUAUGAGAUGUAAGGAGACGGAGCAUGGCGGAAUAACUGUUAGCUUCAAUCUGGAAUGGAAAAAUCUGUGA